AAAAAUACAAGCCGACUAACAACAUAGUCAAGCAGAAUUCCCAAAAGCUGUCCCGCGUGGUCACGGCGCACGCCUGCCUGUCUGCGGAGCCGCGUCGACUUGAUCCACUGGUGCUCAGUGGCGUUCCGCCUGCCGACCAGACGGUACGUCCCGACGCUCUCGCGCGCGAACACUACGACUUCAAACACGAUCGUAUCGUCUACAACUACGAUCGCACCACGCUCAUUUCGUGUUGCUUUGAUUUUUGCUUCAUAUUUUUCAGUGCGUUUUAUUUAUUUGUGUUUAGUAUCUUUGAUAUUUUAAAAUCGAUUCUGUUAAGACGAUAUUAUUACCAUAAAAAGCUCCAAGAAGAAGGCUCUCUUUUGUGAGUACAAUGUAUCGCUACAAAAGAUAUCCUAUUGAACAUUAACGAUGAGAAUACUGAAGAUGAUACCGCUAACAUUCCGUUCGGAUAAUAAAUGCGAUUCAUGAGAUUCACCAUUCCGGAAAAAUGAUAUUAAAAAUGGGAGGGAAGUCGCCUCCGGGUGCAAAGACGCCCGCAGAAAAAGAGGCGAAGAAAGAAGACAAGAAAGACGCAAAAAAGAAAUGGGAGAAAUGUGAGGAGCGGUGUCCAGGCGACCCGUGGGCGUACUGUGUGGUGUUAUGGUGUGCGUGUGCCAUGAGCCUGAUCUCGAGCGGGUACAGCCUGUACCGGCAGCAGGGGCUGACGGAGCGCCUGGCGCUGCUGGAGGAGCAGCACGCGGCGCUGCGCUCGGCCGUGCUGGAGCCGCAGCAGCCGCUGGUGGAGCGGCUGCGGCGCGAGGUGCUGGCGCGCCCGCCGCUCGCCUGGCGCCCGCGCCGGAGCAUCCGCGACUACGCCGACUGCGUCUGUCCACCAGGUCCGCCCGGGCCGCCCGGCAAGCGCGGCAAGAAGGGCAAGAAGGGCGACCCCGGAGAGCCCGGACCGCCGGGGUUAACGGGAGCUCCUGGGAAGAAUGGAUUCCCGGGUAGCAAGGGCGAGAAGGGCGAGCGAGGCUUCAUGGGGCCCAUCGGAUUGGAUGGACCUAAGGGAGACCCGGGCCGGCCCGGGGACAAGGGCCACAAGGGCGAGCACGGCAGCCCCGGCUUCGACGUCUUCUCCGCCGUCAAGGGCGUGAAAAGAUCCGUGGACAGUUUUAAGAUAAGUCCGUACACGAGCGCCGAGAUCAUAGCCGUCAAGGGCGAGCCUGGUGAGCCAGGGCCACCGGGCGCCCCGGGGCCACAGGGCGCUGAGGGGUUGCCGGGACACGAGGGACGAGCGGGCCCGCCCGGGCCCACGGGCCCUCCGGGACCUGUUGGGCCAGUGGGCCCCCCCGGCUUGGUGGGCCCACCCGGCUCACUCGGCCCCGCCGGACUCAAGGGCGAUAAAGGCGACAAGGGCGAGCGCGGCUUCACGACGACGCUGAAGGGCGACGCGUUCCCGACCGGCAUCAUCGAGGGCCCCCCCGGGCCGCCCGGGCCCCCUGGUCGCGGCGGCGAGGCGGGGCCGCGCGGGCCGCCCGGCGCCGACGGCGCGCCCGGCCUGCCCGGCGUGCAGGGCCCGCCCGGCAAGCCGGGCGAGAUGGGCCCCAAGGGCUCCAAGGGCGAGUACGGCGACAUGGGCUCGCCCGGCAUGCUGGGAGCGCCGGGCCUGCCUGGCCCGCCCGGCUACCCGGGCCUCAAAGGAGAGAAGGGGGACAAAGGCGACUCGAAGUACAGGAAGCUGAGGAGACGCCAGAACUUGCAGGGCGAUGGCACCGGCUACGAGCUGUACGGACAUGAAGUUAUGAUGGGCCCCCCGGGCGCGCCGGGCCCCGCCGGGCCGCCGGGCGUGGCGGGCCCCCCCGGCAUCAAGGGCGACAAGGGCGAGCCGGGCGCGCGCGGCAAAGCGGGUGAAAAGGGAGAAAAAGGUGAUGCUGGUCCGAUGGGGUUACCGGGUCCAGUAGGACUGCCGGGGGAGCCGGGCCGGACCGGCGACUCGGGACCUAGAGGUCCGGUCGGCAAGCGCGGGCGCAAGGGCGACAAGGGCGACAAGGGCGAGCAGGGCGUGCCCGGGCUGGACGCGCCGUGCCCGCUGGGGCCCGACGGCCUGCCGCUGCCCGGCUGCGGCUGGAGACCCACCAAGGAGGCGCCGGCGGUGGCGCGCGAGGAGGCGGCGCGCGCGCCCGACGACUCGGAGGAGGAGGAGGGCGCGGAGGGCGGCGACGAGUACGACCGCGACGACGAGCUGGACGCGCCGCGCGACUACGACGACUACACCGACAACGCGCACCACUCGCACCACCACGACUGACCCGCGCCGCCUCAUGAUCUCAACCUCACCCGACCUCAGCUGUGCUCCGGCUUGUGCCAAAUACGUCAUCAAUGCCAUAUCAUUUCAUGUCUUAUUUUGUACAAGUCUUGCCAGAUUAUUGUAUAAACCAUUUCAUGCAUCUCCUCUCUCUCCUUAGUCCAAUCACUGUUCUCCCUAUCCACCCCUUCCUCAGAUGAGUGAACAGACUAACACUACUAAUUAAUUGAAGCAUUGGUGGUGGCUUACCUGGGUGACCUCGUGAGGCCGUGCUGCAGUGGGUGCGGCGCCGCCUCGACGUCGACAACGACCUGCCGCCGCUGUGAGCCGCCGCCGCGCCGCGCCUCGCGCACCACUCGCGCAACACAACUAUUCAUAUUUAUAAGCCCCUGUGAUUUUGCCUAUUUCACGGUUGUCAUCCGGAUAUUCUUAAAUAUUUUGUUGAUAAUUAUUUCGCAGCCGAUUAGUUGAAAUAGUCGUCCUAUCAAGCAGCUAGCUGUUUGAUUGAACGGUUAUAUCAACCAGCUGGCUGUGACUCUUAUAGAGAAUGUCCCAAAAGCCAACGAUAGCCUGGUACUGGACGAAAGGCCAAACUAUAUCUGAAAAAAAUGUUUUUUAAGUAGUGAAAUUACUCGGGUAAUUUACAUACGAAUCUACAUUAAUUUAUGGUGGAAUGGCAUUAUUUAUUUAUUUUAUUUAUUUAUUUAUUCCUUUAUUUCAGGCAACUAAGGCCCAUAAAAAAUUCAAUACAAAAAUAUAAAAAAUACUUAUAAACUAAUACAUAUGCUUACUUAUAACAAUAAAUACAAUACUAUAUUAUUAUAAUAUUCAAACUUAACUUACUAUACAUACAUACAAAAUAACAAAGAAAAUAAAUAUAAUUACAAAAUAAAAAUUAUGUUCAUGUAUAGUAUACAAAGAUGCGACCGUGUGAGAAUGUCUCACAGAAGACCUGGCGACGGUCACAUUUUUUAGUACUUACCUGAUCACUAUUAAAGAAUGUGAGUUGGCUUGCAGGUGCGAAGAGUAUUUUAAAAAAAAUUCCGAUUCCGCUUUCGACUGACUAAAGCGACCAGAACUUGUGAACUUCGAUGGAACUCCACCAGGUACCAGACUAUCGUUCCUUUUGAGCAUACCGUGGAUAGAUUCACGGAAUUAGUUAGUAAAGUAGCCUCAAUUUAUGUAUCAUAAAUUCAUAAUGUUGCGCCUCACGGACGCAAUAAUAUGCUUACUAAUAUUAUUUAAAAAAAAUGUAAGUAUGCCUUCUCAUCCAUUUUUAAACGUAAUGUAAGUUGUAAAUAUUUAUAAAAUUAACGACACGGCAAGACAUAAUGUAUUGCAAAAGUAGUAUUGAAUAGUCGUGUUAUGAGAUCUCUACAACAACACAGAACAUAGGGUAAAUGUAGUUAUUGCGCCUAGAAAAGCAAGAAAUUAUCGAAGGACUCUUUGUGUCGUUCCCUCAGAGUAAUCAGCUUACUCCUGAGGCACUCAAUAACAUAAUUAUGUAGGAGUAAGCGCGCGCGCACACUAGACAGUCGGCCCACUGGAGGCCGGUCGAAGGUUUUUUUUUAUGUUGUGAAUUUAAUAUAUGAUUUUAGUCGGUCUGAUACCAGAAAAAUGCCUGAUCGUUGUUACAUGUGUACUUUCAUUCAUUUUCAUACUGAUUUAUGAGCAAAUAUCGACUAUCGGCCGACUAAAAGUAUACAGGUAUACAGUAUGCAUACAGUAUGAAUGUUAGGGCCGAAUGUCGGCUGAGUAAUCGGGCACUUCUUCACGCCGGCCGAGCGAUAUUUUCUCCUGUAGUGGCCAGGCAGUCAAUGUUAAUUCUGCCCUAGCUACGAUCAUUACAUCGGUUAUUGCAAUGACACUCCCGCUGUGAGUGCAGCGGAAGAGCGUCAGAUUCGAAACUACUCACUAAGAGCUAUUUGAUGAUUACUUACUUCUGUUUUCAGCGAGAGUCCAACCCGUAGCUAGAAAUAAAUAUUAUGUAAAAGUAGUACAAAAUAUGUACCUAUUGUUUAAGCUAAUUUGUCUAUGCGUGUAGCUUAGGUAAAAUGAAAGUUAUGUUUUUUACGAAGACUUAAAAUCUAUUUAGAGUAAUUAGAUCAAGUUAAGUAUAUACAAUUAUAUAAGUGCAUACCUAAUAUAUCGUGUGCGAGAGUGGUCGCCAGCAACGAGGCGCGUUUUCUUGCGACAGAUAGCGUUAUGUAAAGAAUUCUUACCUACGUGUUAGUACCUACCUACCUACCUACUCCAAACAAACAAUUCUAAUAAAUUAAUUGCUUUUUUUCCUUAUUUUUGCUUUAAGUAUUGAAUAAAGUUUAUCAUGUUUUCUUAGUGAUAAGCUAGGGAAUACUGAUAUAGAGUGGGUUUUUACAGUGGUCGGCCUUUCCGAAACCCGUCACCUUAAGUGAUAAAAGACUCGUAGCAAUGGUGCUAGUCUUUGAUUCCAUCCAUUCAUCGUGUAUUGUUUCACUCACAAUUCUCUCUCACUUUGCACGUUUGAUUAACCUCUGUUUUAUAGCAGCUGCAGAUCUGAAUAUUGAUUAGCCGUCACUAAAUUGUCUCAUAUUGAACUAUUCGGUGGCGGCAAGCUGCGCGCUGGCGUCACAGUUAUAAUGACCAGUUCAUUUUGUACUUUUGUUGGCAGGCUCAGGUUUUAUUUGAUAAAAAUUGAAUCCCGAUGCCUAAUAUUCUAGUAGAACGUAAUGUUUCAAUAAUUGUGAACACCCAAUUUCUGCCAGUCAAAUAUGAAUAUCUGUGAACUGUGCAACGUGUGACAUUUCAGAAGAGCCUGCAAAGGCCUAUAUUUAAAACUAGCUUCCGCCCGCGGCUUCGCCCACGUAGAGUUCGGUUAUAUCGCGUUUCCAAGAGAAUUCUUCUAAACUCCGGGAUAUAAACUACUGGGUCAACUCUAUCUCUGUACCAAAUUUUAUUAAAAUCAGUUCAGUGGUUUGGACGAGAAAGCGUAACAGACAGACAGACAGAGUUACUUUCGCAUUUAUAAUAUUAGUAGGGCUAGGGAUAAAAACAUUUGAAUGCAACAAAUAAUCAGUAAUAAUGUUAUCAAUGACAGAAAUGAAUGUCUAGUCACGUUUGUCCUAAUGGUCGUGUAGGAGCGAGUUCCCGGACAGGCGGAUCUGUCUCCGGACAUCCGCGGGCACCGCGAGCUCCGCCGGCGUCCACUCCCCGCACUGAGCAGUGCUCGCGCCAACCAAGUGGUAUCUACGUGCUGCCAUCUCAUUGCACUCGUGUUUUUAUCUUUUAAAGAGCUCGUAGCUAUUUAUUAUAUCGCCUGUAUAUAGAGAAUCGCCUGUAAAUAACCAUUUGUUCAUUAGGAUUAAAUAGCUCUCACUAUGUUAAUAUUAAGUAAGUAAGUAGCCAUAAGUUUUAUAGAAAGCCGAUGAAGGCAGUCUGCAGUCACGUUUUAACAUUGGAAAGUACAAAAGUGUUAUUAUCGUGAUCUUUUUAAGAAUAGUUCACAACUAUUUAUAGGUACCUACCUACCUACGUUGUACAGGAAAAUAUCUACUUAAGGUUGUAUUUAUUAAAACUAAAUUAAACCAAGUUUAGAUAACAGCAACGAUUUAUCCAAUUUAAGAAAAAAACGUAGAAAAAGAAGGUAUCCGGAAAAUGUGAAAUAUUCAUGAUGUAGGUCCGUUGUAACACUUGUGAGUUGUAACCCACGAUGCGCACACAAUAGUGUGUGUGAGAGUAUGAAAAUCGACUAAUCUACUACUUACAGGUCACGGUCAAGUUCUGGAUUUUUUGCAACAAUAUUUAAACGUUAAAUCAACACCGUGCAACCAUAAAUAUAUAGUAUAUGAAUAUUUCAUGUUUUUUGUACCUAACACUUGAGGAAUUUAAAUAAAACACUAAAAUAGGAACAUAAAAUGUUGUUAAUGUUGGAACUCCUAUUUAAAAUGUUAACAAUCUAUUUUGUACCAUGUUCUAUGCAAAAUAAACGAUUUGAUUUGAUAAACUAGUUCCCUUUGAAUACCUCGUACAAAUGAUAAAAGACAUGAUGAUUAUAAUAAAAAAGUAAUUUCCCUGUGGACAAUACCUGUCUGAUGGCGGCUGUACACAACUGCGAGUAUGUGCCUAGUUAUAGUACGCAGUAGGUGCUCAUUGUGAGCUGGCCUGGCACAUCAAUAAACAUAUAUGAAUGAA